AGAUUGGCUCUGACUAGUACACUGGGAACAUGGCGGCUGCCGUGGAAAAUGAUUUUGAAGUAGACAACGAAGAUUAUUAUUCUCUGCUCAAUGUCAGGAGAGAGGCCACCCUAGAAGAGUUAAAAUCGUCUUACAGGCGAAUGUGCAUGCUCUACCACCCAGACAAGCACAGAGACCCUGAACUGAAGAGGCAGGCCGAGCAUCUCUUCACCUAUGUACACCAGGCAUAUGAAGUUCUCAGUGACCCACAGUCCCGAGCCAUAUAUGACAUAUUUGGGAAGAAGGGCCUGGAGGUGGAAGGCUGGGAGGUGGUGGAGAGGAACAGAGCCCCUGCUGAGAUUCGGGAGGAAUAUGAGCGCUUACAGAGGGAGAGAGAAGAAAGACGACUCCAGCAGAGAACAAACCCUAAGGGGACGAUAAGUGUGGGUAUAGAUGCAACGGACCUCUUUGACCGCUAUGAUGAGGACUUCGAGGAUGCUCCAGGUGGAGGUUUUCCCCACAUUGAGAUUGACAGGAUGCACAUAUCCCAAUCCAUUGAGGCACCCCUAACUAAUAAAGAUACAGCUGUCCUUUCCGGUUCUUUGUCUACCCAUAAUGGAAACGGAGGAGGAAAUAUAAACCUUUGUGUUCGACGUGUGACCUCGGCACGAGGCUGGGGAGAGCUGGAGUUUGGUGCCGGGGAUGUUAGAGGACCUCUGUUUGGGAUGAAAGUAUUCCGCAAUGUAACCGCACGCUGCUUCGUGACUGCGCAAUGGGGACUGCAGUUCUCCUCACGUGGAGUCAAACCGAAUGCCUCAACGAUGAUGGCGAGGCAUCUCGACCAGAACACUAUGGGUUACUUGCAGUGGCGCUGGGGAAGCCAGUCUGCCAUGACCACCAGUAUUGUCAGGGAUACCAAAACCAGUCACUUCACCCUGGCUUUGCAGCUUGGAAUUCCUCAUUCUUACCUCAUGAUGAGUUACCAGUACAAAUUCCAGGAUGAAGACCAGACUAAGGUUAAAGGCUCGAUCAAGACCGGGUUUUUUGGCACCGUGGUUGAAUACGGCGCAGAGCGGAUGAUCAGUCGCCACAGCGUCCUGGCUGCGACCGUCAGCAUCGGCGUACCCCAAGGAGUCUCGCUCAAAAUCAGGUUGAACCGGGCCAGUCAAACCUAUCUCUUCCCCAUUCACCUGACUGAUCAGUUAUUACCCAGUGCUGUGUUUUACGCCACCGUGGGCCCGCUGGCCAUCUACUUAGCUGUCCAGAAGCUUAUCAUUAUGCCUUACGUACGAGCCCAGAAGGAAGAGGAGCUGGAGAAACAGAAGGAAGAUUCGGCUUCAGAAAUCGCUCGCAGGAAACAAGAGGCUGAAUCUGCUGUGUUGCUGAUGCAAGAGUCGGUGAAGAGAGUCAUUGAUGCUGAAGAAUCUAAAAUGGGUCUCAUCAUUCUAAACGCCUGGUAUGGCAAAUUUGUGUCGGACAAUAGUCAGAAGCAUGAGAGGGCAAAGGUCAUCGAUGUUACGGUCCCGCUGCAGUGUUUAGUGAAAGACUCAAAACUCAUUCUUACAGAGGCUUCAAAGGCGGGUUUGCCAGGCUUUUAUGACCCAUGUGUUGGAGAAGACAAGAGUCUAAAGCUGCUGUAUCAGUUCAGAGGAGAAAUGCACCAGGUCCUGUCUGGAGAUACCGAGCCUCUGAAGAUACCCAAACAAUCUCAUAAAAUACAAGCAGAGACGUAAGAAUCGUCUACACGUCCCGGGAGGAGCAGACAUGAGGGAUCAAUGGACACAUGGAGAUGUGAGGAACAUACAGAAAAUCAGUCAAGAAGACCUGUCAGUCAUUAAGUGAAGCAAAGGGCUGUUCCUUUUCAUCCAUUUAUCAUCUUUGUAUGUGAGCCUGGACCACAAAACCAUAAGGGUCAUUUUUUUAAAUUAAGAUGUAUCUGAUCUAAGGCUGAAUAAAUCAACUUGCUUUGUUUGUGUAGGGCAAUAUUUGGCAAAAGGUGCAAAAAAUCUAAAUAUUGAGAAUCACCUUAAAGCAACACACAUUACUAAUGAAAAAUACAUUUUUGAUAUUUAUGGUAUUAAAUUGACCAAAUAUAUUCAUUGCGCAUGUUCUUUACUUAAUAUCCUAAUGAUUUUUUACAUUUAAAAUUUUUUAUAAUUUUGACCCCUACAAUGUAUUUUCGGCUAUUGCUACAAAUAUACCUGUACUACUUAAACUAGUUUUGUGGUCCAGGGUCGCAUAUUGUCUGGUAACCUCAGUUCUCUUUGCAUAUCUAACAUCAACGGUUAAGCACUGAAGUAAUGAACCGUUUCAAUCCUAAACCAACCCAGAGAUAAGACAGCGGCCUGUUUACAGGUGUGUGCAGAAGGUCCAAUUUCAUAUCACUCUAUCAAUCAAAAUAAAACUGUGUUAAUCCCUGGAAAGUUUACCAAUAAGCACACCCUGGAUAUUAUAGAACUGUUGUACAACUUGUGACUUUUACAUACUGUAGUUCACCCAAAAAUUUUGCAUUUAUUCACCCUGAUUGAUUUCUGUGGUAUUUGUUUAUCCUACUACGGGCACUGCCAACUGUGUGGUUAUCAUCAUAUAUCAAAAUAUCAUCUUUUGUUUUCAACAGAAUGAAGUAGUAUUGAGUAAAUGAUGACAAAAUGUUUAUUUUUGGGUGAACUAUCCCUUUAAUAGUGUUGAAGUGUUUUUUGAUUGAUAUCCAAACAUGCAGAAGUCUCCGUUUAUGUUUCGAUUUCUAUGUCUGAAAUCAUCUGACACCACCCCAGAAAUCUGUACCAACAAUCCUGAAUGAUUUGUUUUAGUCAAGUAAUCGGUUUUGACCACGUCAUGAUCUUAUUUUAUCCCAGAUUAGUAGGAUAAUAGGAGAAAUGUUAUUUAGGUAAUGCACUCUUAAAAAUAUGGUGCUAUAGAGGAACCAUUUUUGGCUGAAUGGUUUAAAAAAGAACCUUUAAUGCCUGACAAGUAAUAAAAUAAGUAGUUUUUAGACCAAAAAUAUCAAACGUAAGUGAUUUUGUGCAUAAAACAAGCAAAAAAUCUGCCAAUGGGGUGAGAAAAUUUUUCUUGAAUUUGUGUUUAUGAAAAAUGUUAAAGAUUUUUUUUGCUUACCCCGUUGGGAGAUUUGUUUGCUUGUUUUAUGCACAAAAUCAGUUACAUUUGAUAUUUUGGGUCUAAAAACUAGACUUUUUUACUUGGAUCGUUUUGCUCAAGCAAAACUUAAUUUAAGAAUUUAGAUAUUUUUACUGAAAACGAGACAAAAAUAUUUUUUUCUUGAAAAUCAUUUUUUGCAGUGUAUAUAUGCACUGCAAAAAAUGACUCUUACUUAGUAUUUUUGUCUUGUUUUCAGUAGAAAUGUCUAAAAAUUCUUACAUUAAGAUGCUUCUUCUUGAUGAGCAAAAUGACCCAAGAAAAUAAGUCUAGUUUAUAGACAAAAUUAAGUGAAUUUGUUCUUAAAACAAGCAAAAAUAUCUGCAAAUGGGGUAGGAAACAAAUCUAAAAAUAAGUUUUCUUUUUUCUUAAACAUGUAAUUCAAGCUCAAUUUUCUCACUCCAUUGUCAGAUUUGUUGUGCUCGUUUUAAGCACAAAUUCACUUAAAUUGUCUAAUUUUUAUUUAAAAACUAGACUUAUUUUCUUAGGUCAUUUUACUCAUCAAGAAAAUACAUCUUGAUUUAAGAAUGUUUUGAUAUUUGUACUGAAAACAUACUGAUAUACUAAAAACUAAAAGUCAUUUUUUGCAGUGUGGCAUCACUGCAACUUUAAAGCACCUUUAUUUUUAAAAGUGUAGCCAUUGUGAUAUUAUUGUAUUGUCAGGUGAAUUUCAUUAAGAAACGUCUACAGUAGGUGGGUUUAAUCCCGAAAUCAAAUAUGCAAAAUUAUGUUUUGCAUAAAUAAAAGCUAUUUAUAGGAUUUUUUACAUUCAAGUCAGAUCAUAGCAGAUUUCUUUCUUUUUACUUUUAUUAAUACUAUUGUCAGUCAAUGUAUUUCUUUUUAUAAGUUCAUAUUUAUUAUUUAAAAAUAUAUUUUGUGUGUGUGGAGUGAAAUAUGACCUUGACAUUUCUUGGCAGCUUUUGUGAGAUUCAAUCUAUGCACUGCAAAAAAUGAUUUAAGAAAAAAAUAUUAGUAUUUUUGUUACCCCAUUGGCAGAUUUUUUUUACAAAAUCACUUAAAUUAGAUUUUUUUUUUUUGUCUAAAGACUAGACUUAUUUUCUUAGGUCGUUUUGCUCAUUAAGAAAAUGCAUCUUAAUUUAAGAAUUUUUAGAUAUUUUUACUGAAAACAAGACAUUUUUUUUUUUCUUAAUUCAUUUUUUACAGUAGCUAAACAUCUUGUUGGUUGAGUUUUCCUAAUUCUUUAAAUUAAAAGUACAUGUCAACAGUAUUGCAUAGUCAGCGGUCCAAUAAUAAAUUGUAAAACAGAAAACCACUGUGUUUUCUUGGUCAUAAUGUGCAACUUUCUCUUCAGUUCAGUUCUUCAGUAUUGAGCUGCUUCUGUUUUAAUAAUGUGAGAUGUCUGAAUCAUUACACACAUUGAUUUAAAGUUAAGAAACUAAAAUGCUUAUUGAAUCAUUUCUUGGUUCGUGCGGCAUUUAUUGACAUUUGAAUGAGAGGUUUGUUCAGAGCAUCAGAAAGAGUGAAUGAUCAGAACAAUUUGGUAUUUUAAAAUAUCAUUUAAUUUCUAAAACUAACCUGCUUCAUCUUUAUAGUAUUUGUUUUGUCAUUUGAAUGUGUCCCAUUGUGUUUUUGGUUUCUUUAUUUAAUUGCCAUCGUGCAAAAGAUGCAUUUGCUGCUGGGCAAUGCCUGUAUUUGUAUUUUUAUUUGUGACGAUUUAAAACAUUAAGGUUUAGGGGUCAACGUCUGUUCAAUAGCAACAUUUAUUUUGCCAUUGAAGUACUACCAAGAACCUUCUGCAUUACAAUAGUAAGACAUAAAUUCUGCCACGCUGGUUCUGUUCAGCACAUUAACUCAUAGUCCAUGAUAUCAUUUAGUGUGAUUUAUACAUGAAUGCCUGUUAAUAUUCUCUGGUUUGUUACACAGUACAGUCAUUUACCUUGCACGUCUCCUCAAGUUUAUAGUGUAGCUUAUGUUCGGGUAAAUGGCUUAUUAAAGCCACAUUUUACAACUUGUGAGAAAACAGUAUUACAUAUCUGAUGCAAAGCUAAACACAUGUAUUACAAAGGUUUCGAUGUAGUCAACCUGAGAAAUAAUUUAAACAAUAAAAGAACCCUACAGUCCA